AUGUCGGACGUAUGUGACUUUAAAGUCGGUGCAGGUGCCGGUGCACCGCCCUCUAUGCAUGAACAUUCGCAUGAUCAUUCGCACUCGCACUCGCACUCGCACUCACACAGUGCCAACGAGCAUGGUCACACGCACGAAAUUAUGGACCACCCGGGCAAGUUUGGCGAGCGUGACAUGCCGAACUAUGCGAAGCGCAACUGGAGCGAGCGUGCAUUCACCGUGGGUAUUGGCGGGCCUGUGGGUUCCGGUAAGACUGCGUUAUUGCUGGCGCUGUGCAAGAAGCUGCGUGACGAAUACAACAUUGCGGUGGUGACCAACGACAUUUUCACGCGGGAGGACCAGGAGUUCCUGGUACGCAAUGCCGCCUUGCAGGACACCAACCGCAUUCGCGCUGUCGAGACGGGUGGCUGCCCGCACGCUGCGAUUCGUGAAGACAUCUCGGCCAACAUGGAAGUGCUCGAGCAGCUGCAGGCUGAGUACGACACCCAGUUGCUGUUUGUGGAAAGUGGUGGUGACAAUCUUGCUGCUGCCUUUAGCGUGGAAUUGGCCGAUUUCCACGUGUACGUCAUCGACGUAUCGGGUGGUGACAAGGUGCCACGCAAGGGCGGUCCUGGUAUUUCGCAGUCGGAUGUACUGGUGAUCAACAAGAUCGACUUGGCCGAGCACGUCGGCGCUUCGCUCGAGGUGAUGCGUCGCGAUGCUGACAAAAUGCGUGACAAUGGCCCCACAGUGUUUACCAGUGUGAAGCUCGAUCAGGGUAUCGAUGCGGUAGCCGACCUUAUUCUGGCGGCCCGUCGGGCGGCAGGCGCGGACAAGGCAGGCCGUCCGCCGACGAACGCGAGCGCCUCUUCGUAG